CCUUACUUCUUCAUCGUAGGCGAAAAACGACACGCGAAGGCCAAAACCUUCGCCUCCUCUGCUCUGCAGCUCCCCGUCCUAAUGGCCGGAAGAAAUCGCCGUUGCGGCUCACCAAACCUGCAAUGAACUCCAUUGCCGUCGCGGAAUCGGGGUCGAAGACGCUUAUUGGAGCUUCGGAGACGCGAACGGAGGAGGACAUAGCAAUCUGAAGGGACACCGUAGUUUCUUUUGAUUGGUAAUGGCUCCGCAUCCCAAGGUUUGCCAGGCCUUCAGGGCGACGAGGGCACUAGGGAUUCCAGACGAAGAGGUUAAGCCGGUUUUGAAGAAUCUCCUGAAGUUGUAUGAAAAAAACUGGGAGUUCAUUGAAGAAGACAACUACCGAACGCUCAUAGACUCUUACUAUGAGAACAAGAGAACAAGUGAUGGUAAUGGGAGUGCUACAAGAUUAGACGAUUCUGAAAGACCGGCCAAGAGGUCACGCCUGGAAGAAAAAAAAAAUAAGGCGUCAUCUUCUUCUAAAGAUUCAGAAUCAGUUGAUGUCACAUCUUCGGAGGAGGAUGAUAAGAUCCCUAAUUCAAGGCAAACCAUGUUGUUGCCUCAAUCUCGUUCGAUAGAAGCAGAUGGUUCUGGUCCCCGUCUACUUCAUUGCGAUAUAAGGAUGGAC